AUGAGCCAUAAAUUUAAUUAAAUUAAUGAACUAAGAUCAUGUGAGUUAAUAAACUUAAAGUCAAACUCCUCACAAUUAAGAUAUCAACCUUUAGUUGUCAAGUAAUUAAUCAUUGCAUAUAAUGGUAGAAUAUUAAUAAAUAAAAUGAAGAACCCAGAACUAUUAUAACUUAUUUAAGAAAUUGAUGAGGAAUAAUAAUAACCUUAGAAACCCAGACCAAGGCUUAGCUUGGAUUCAGAUAAAGAGGGAAUAGGGAAUCAGUAAAUUAAAUAAAGAUCAUUAAGCUCUAGUCCAUCUGAUUAAAAAACAGUGAAAAAUAAAACAAAUCAGAGUGGCAGUCAAGCAUUAAAUAGUGGUAAUGGACGAUCUAGCAAAACUCCUUAAGAUUUUUAAGAAGAAAUAAUACCAUAAGUGAGAAGCAUUUUGAAAUAAGGAACUUUUAUUAGUCAUGCAUCUUUACCAAGAAGCAAAGGCAUAAGACCUAGCAGAUUAUAAAGGUAUUAAAUUAGAAGUUAUUGUUUUUUAGUUUGUAAAGUCUAUAACAAUCGAUAAGGAAAAAUAGAGUUUAUCCAGAGGAGGUUAGAGACAAUCCUGUGUCUAAUUAAAAUGAUUCAAUAUCAGAAGAUUCAUUUUUUGAAGAAACUGAACAAAAUUUAGGUGAUGAUGAAACUAGAUUUAGAUUUGAUAAACGGUAUUCUAUUUAUUUAAUGAAGUUAUGCUCAUCUUUCUUAUAUGAUAUUUCCUGAUGAUCCAAUCAAAUUUUUAUGGGAUAUUUUGUUAAUAAUAGCAUUAUUAUAUGUCUGUUUUGUAGUACCUUACGAGAUAUCUUUUAAGAAUGAUGAUACAGAAGAGUCGGUAGUUCAGUUAGGAUUAUAAAUUGCAAUAGAUAUUAUUUAUGGAAUAGAUAUAAUAAUAAAUCUCUUUAGUGCUUAUGUAGAUGAUUAAGAUGAAUUAAUAAUAGAUAGAAAAACAAUAAUCCGACAUUAUUUAACUGGUUGGUUCAUACUGGACUUAAUUUGUGUUAUGCCUCUUGAUUAUGUAAUAGAUGAUAGCAAUACUUCUGGGUUUUAAAAAAUAGCAAAGCUUCCAAAAGCCUACAAAAUGAUAAAACUUAUUAAGAUGUCUAGAAUGUUAAAGUUUUGCAUAUAAAAGAAGAAAUAUGGAGAAAUGUUGAAUUCUUUUUCAAAUAUUAGUGUAAUAGUGUUUGAUUAUUAUAGUAAAAUAUUAGGGUUAUGAUUAUCUCACUAUUAUCUGUAAUAUUAGUGAGUCAUUUAUUUUCCUGUUUUUGGUACUUUGUGGGUACGAUUUCAUCUGAUAAAGAUACAUGGAUUGACCAUUAUGUAGAUAAUGAAUCGAAUUUUGAAAGAUAUGUAAUGAGCAUGUAUUGGGUUUUUUAAACAAUGGCAACAACUGGAUAUGGUGAUAUAUCAGCAACUAAUAGUACAGAAUAGAUGAUUGCAAUUUUUAUAAUGAUUAUUGGUGUAAUCUUUUUUUCUGUAACUAUCGGAUCAGUUAGUUCUUUGUUAACUUAAUUAGAUUCUUAAAAUUUAAAAUAUAAAGAAAAAAUUGAUACUCUAAAUGAAAUUGCUCAACACCAUAAAAUUGAUAAUACCUUGUAUGCAAAGAUUUGUAAAGUGUUAAAGUAAGGAUACAAAAAUAAUUAAAAUGAAGUAGUUGAAUUUUUACAUCUUUUACCUUAAAAUUUAAGAACUGAAUUAUCAUAAGCUAUGUAUAAAAAUGUAUUUUUAGGGAUUGAUCUUUUUAAACAUAAACCAUUAAGAUUUACUGCAUAUAUUGGGCCAUUAUUAACAAUUUUAAGAAUUCCAGAAGGAGAUGUCAUUUAUAAUGAAGGUGAUUAUGCAAGUGAAAUCUAUUUUAUUAGAGAAGGCAGUGUUUCAUUAUGUAUAAAAGAAUGUGAUUAUCAUCCUUUUAUGACAAUAGACGCAGGAUAAUAUUUUGGAGAAAUAGAAUUAAUUAAAGAAACUUAAAGAAAAUAUACUGCUAUUGCUUAGAAAUAAUGUGAACUUUUAUCACUUUCUAAAUCUAAUUUUUAUAAAAUAUUUUUUUCAGAAUUUAGGGAAAUUGGUGAAGAAUUACAUGAAGAUGCUAGAAGAAAAAAAAGAGAUUAUGAAGAUAAAUUUACUAAAACUAAAGCUUAUUUAUAAGGUUUAGAAUAAAAAGCAGAAUAAUAAUUAACUGAAUCUAAUAAUGAAAGUAAUAAACUUGGAUUAGAAAAAUUUAAAUUGAAUUUAAUGUUUUAAGCCUAGACCAGAAAAGGAUUUUUAGAUAGAGCAAUUAAAGAUGCUGAAUAAUAAACAUCUAAUGAAUUAAAAAGAAGAAUGACACACUUAAAAACAGUUUUAUUAUAAAAAGGAAUUAUCAAUAAUAUAGAUGAAAAAAGUCCAGGUAGAAAAUCUCCUAAAUUAAUUAAAACUAAUACUUUAAAUAGUGAAAUAUAAACUAGAAAAUUUGAUAAAAAAAAUACUUUUUUACCUAUGGAUAUAAUUUAAUAAGCUCAAUAAAUAAGUUCAGAUGAAGAUAAUAAAUUAACAAAUAAUAAUUAACAACAAGACCAAAAUAAUCAUAGAAUUUCUAAAAAAGCAAUGACUACUUUUCUCUAACCAGAAUCCAGAGAACAUAAAGCCGAUUUUCUUUUAUCUCAAGAUGGGAUGUUAAGUUCUCAAAAUCCGUCAUCCUAUAAUACAAAUAUACAAUUUUUGAAAAAUAGAAAAAAAUAAUUGUACCUCUGAUUAUU